AUAUUGGCGAGGAGGAGACCUGUUUCAAGUGUGAAGGGUGGCUGCUUGCAAAGUCGUGGCUUUUGGAACGUUGAGAAUAACUUCAUGCAGACAAAGUCGACCUUUGCUUACUUCAGAGCGCUUCCUUUCUUCCUCUAUAAAUUUUGCUCUUAACACAUAAUUCCACCAUAGCUCUUCUCCUCUUCCUUCUUUCGAGUUCCGAAAUCCAUCCAAAUUUGGAACUUCCUUGGUCGUUUCAACUUUUCAAGAAUUAGUGGCUUGAAGUUUUAAUCGUUCCAAAAAAAUCUGGGUUGUAUGAGAAGAAUGAUCUUGACUCACAAGGCUUGUAUCCUUUGGAAGAUCUGUUUAGAGAAAAGCUAUUAUUUUUGGACAUUCCAUACUUGUAAUCGGUACACCGCGAGAACAGAGACGCAGCUUUCAUUGAUUUAGUGCAGUUCCUUGUUCGCAUCUUUGUUUCUCGUAUGCUCCUCUUCUGACAUAGUGUGUGGAUAAGUAGUGCAAGAAAAUGAAUGCUAUGUUGUUGCCACCGGGUUUCCGUUUCCAUCCCACUGAUGAGGAGCUGGUGGGAUACUACCUGAAGAGGAAAGUGGAAGGGCUUAAGAUCGAGCUCGAGGUCAUUCCGGUGAUCAGUUUGUACAAGUUCGAUCCAUGGGAGCUACCAGAAAAAUCAUUUCUUCCGAAAAGAGACUUGGAGUGGUUCUUCUUCUGCUCAUGGGAUCGCAAGUACCCAAAUGGUUCGCGCACAAAUAGAGCGACAGCUUCGGGAUACUGGAAAGCCACCGGAAAAGAUCGAAAGAUUGCCUGUGAGCCCUCUGCAUUUGGACUGAGGAAGACUCUUGUGUUCUAUCUUGGACGGGCUCCUGGGGGACAAAGAACAGUUUGGAUCAUGCAUGAGUACCGCCUUUGUGAAGAUCUUUUCCAUGGAUCUUCUAACUUUUUGGGAGCUUUUUGUUUAUGCCGAGUAAUCAAGAGGAGUGGAAAUUGGCUGAAAAGAAGUAGUAAUCGACAAGAAGAACCCAAAGCUGAAAAGUAUCCUUCCAACAUGUUUGACUUCAACCGCAAAAGAAACAUUGAUGAGAUCUUCAAUGGCACAGAAGAAAGUUCAUCUCUUGAUCUGUUUGACAGAAGCAGUGGUUCAUCUGUCAUCAACUCUCCAGAAAUUGCAAGAUGGGUUGAGCCAGAUCCAAUAAUUACAGUCCCCAGCGUGCCAGAUGCAUCAAAGGCUUCUUCUGAAAUGUACUACACGGAGGAAGCUUUUGCGAUCAAUGAUCGUGGGACGAAAUGCUUGCCAUCUUUCUCAAGUCCUGUACAUUGCAUGGAGAUGUGCAGAAACUGGGAAGACAUUACGUUUCAGAGCCUCGAAUUGGAUGCAUCAUCAUACGGAGCUGAAGCUUUCAAUGCAACCAUACCUCCUCCAAUUUGUAGGCAGGGGAGUGAAGGGGAAGAAGCCAACUUAUGGUUACAGGAAGACAAUAUAGUGACUGUGAUGUGAGAUAUUUUACAAGAUGGAACUGCAGAUAAAGAUAUGCAGCACAGCCCCUUUUAAUGUCUGUGUCUGGAGGGACCAAAGUAUUUAUAUAUGUAUACGGUGAACUAUUCUCAAAUACGAAAAUGAUGUACCAUGAAACCAUGCAUGUAAUCUCUCGCCAAUAAUCGUGAGAAUAAAAGCCACAUUUCAAUUUGUAGUUU